GUUAGAUUACUGUAUUGGCCUUUGCCUAGUACAUAGUCUGGCAGGUGGAACUGGGUCCGGGUUGGGUCUACGGCUUGCCGAAGAUGCUGUAGAAGAAUUGGAUCUUUGUCUACGUCUUACUUUCAGUGUUACUCCGCAUCGUUACGGUGACGCACCGCUUCAGUCCUACAACAGUCUGCUAACUCUUGGUCGGUUGACGCAACUUAGUGAAAGUGUUGUUCUGUUGCAAAAUGAUUGGCUACUAACUCAGCUUAACUGUCGACUUCCAAGAAACCGGGUGGCAUCAUCACUUCCAACAACUGACUCAUCUGUGAUGGCUCAAACGGGUAUCACGGUUGACGAAAUGAAUCGCCUUGCUGCUGAGCAAAUGAUGAACUUACUGGCUCCAUGUGAUGAGUUAGCUAGCGAUGGCAACACUGUCCAGGCCGAUGGUGUCCGGUCGGUCCAUGCAGAGCCGUUGGCGCUGAGUCACUCACUGACUGCAUUAUCAGAAGCCCGUUUUAUUCGUAUAAUCUCCGAAAGCGCGCAAUCGCUUAAUUUCAAAAAAUCAAGUAGGUCGACCUCACCCUAUAGGGCAAAAUCAAGGAUGCACGUACUAAACAUUCACCAUAUUUUUUUUCAUGGUUGUGGUGAGCGGAAUGGUACGGACUGGGAUCACUUGGAGCACCUGCUUCCAACUAAACUUCGUUGCUGCCCAAUCGAUGCUACGUGGAAUCUGGAAAAACCUGGGCAACGAACCGGUUGCAGGCCACUCGGAACUCUAGCGGCUCUGCUUGUAUAUCGGGGCAGACUGACAGGUCUUACAAAUUCCAGAACGCGUGAUUCAGACGACGGGGUACCCAAGGAGAGUGCCCGGACUGGACAACCCACUGCGUCAUCCUUGCAACGGCUGCAUGAUUACAUGAGGCCAGUACGAUGGAACUCGUCUCCAUUUGAUCAUUGGUACGAGUCGCGUCCCACAGCAAUGGAAAACUCGGUUACCUUAGCUUUUAAUUCCUACUGCAUAACCGAGGACUUGAAUUGUUUGCUUUACCGUGCACAGAUGCGGCGAAACAUGAAAGCCUAUUUGCAUUGGUACGAAAAGUUUGGAUGCACACAGGACACCUUUGAUGCUGCCGUUGAACAAUUGCGAGAUGUUGUUCGAGGUUACGAAGAAUUGGCUCGUUG